UGUGUGCGUUUGAAGAAGCUCCUGAGCUCCGAGGCUCCGUAGUGCUGAAAGGACAGCUCCUCCGCUCUCUGACAUCUGCAGAUAUGUUCACCCGGAUGUUAAAACUGAGACUUCUCAACGCUGUAGCACCUGCGUACUUUUUUACGGCUACAGCAGUCACCUUCAUUUUUCACUUUGGCUUCUUCAUUCCAACAAUUUUCCCAAGUCAGGGUAUAUCACUGGACGGGUCCAAAGUUUUACAUACAGUUAUUUUCCUUUUCUUGAUGUUCAAUGCGUUAGGGAACUACAUAAUGACUAUUAAAUACCCAGCUGAGAGUGCCAACGAGACUGUGAUUCCAGUGUGUUCACCUCACUGCUCAGAUAAAGUGGACGCGCACUACCUCCUAAACGGCCGUCACUUCUGCAAACUUUGCAAGAAGGUUAUUCUUAAGAGGGACCACCACUGUUUCUUCACUGGAAACUGCAUCGGCAACAAAAACAUGCGCUACUUCAUCAUGUUCUGCAUCUACACAUCCUGCACAUGUUUAUACUCUUUGGUUCUUGGCGUGGCCUUUCUAACAGUGGAGUACUCUAUCUCUUUUGAGAACCCCCUGACCUUUUUGACUCUUCUCCCGUUCUCCACUGGUUACUUCUUCAUGGGAACAAUCUCAGGCCUGCAGUUGUUCCUGGUGCUGAUGCUGUACGUGUGGCUGGGCAUCGGUUUGGUGUGUGCAGGUUUCUGUUGUCAGCAGGUGCUGCUGGUGGCCCGGGGGCAGACAUGGUGUCAGAUGCAGAGAGGGCAACUUGCAGAGAAUUGCAACCCCUGGAGAGCUAACCUCAAGGACGUCUUUGGCACCCGCUGGAUGCUUGGUCUUAUACUGCCUGUGCAGACAGUAGAGACGUGCUCUGAAGACGCAGAUGCCCAUAAAGAGGACUGAAGAAAAACCUCAUAUCGUAACAAUAGCUCCUCACAGAUCAAAAAAGUGACACAUGUUGUAGAAAAUGCUGUCUAAAGACCCAUGUGGGGAACGAUUUUGAACACAGAGAGGAUGCUUUUUGACGUUUCAAAUAGUCUGUGAAAUAGCUGUUAGCACACAUUCCUUUAAGGACAGGAGCCAUACAAGCAAUGUGAAAUAAGCGUGUAGUCUAAGUGUAUCCUUUAGGUAGCUUUUUAAAAAGGCAAUAUUAAGACAAAUAAGUUGGUCAUUUUUGGGAAUCCAGCAGUUUUACUUACGCUACUAUAAACGCUUGCAUCAAAAUAUAAAGAUGGCUUUGCAUGCCUUCACAGCUUUGCAAUUUUGUAUUAUUUGACAGCCUGUGCCAUGCGGUGCUCUGAGAUUAUCAAAGUGCAAUAUUCUUCCACACAUCCUAUUAAGAUGCUACAAAGCGACGUUCAGGAAACUCCGGGUAGUUUUCGUGACAAUGACUCUCGUUUGUCGUUAAGGGCUAUCAGACAAAGAAGCCGUUUGUCUGCAGCAUAAACUGCCGGGCUUGACAAUACUGUUGUGACAAUUACAUGUUUAGCCUGAUGUACUCUACUCAAAGUAAUGUGACUCAGGCAGUGUGAAGAGGGAAUGCUCCUUUGGAAAAUGGGUGGGGAAGAUGAUUAAUAUUCGAUUAUCCAGGGUUAUUAUUCACAAUGUGCCAUAAAGUCAUUUCUUAUUUGCUUAUAGCUGACCCCAAAGAUGAGGUAUUCACGACACUGCUAAUAAUAAGGCGCUCUGCAUAAUAAUAUUAUUAUUAAGGACUUUUCACUGUUAUUCUGUGACUCCAGCUACAAAUACACUGCUCAUGUCGAACAGGUUUUGGGUUUCAAUAAGUAUACUUUCUAGAGAUAUUUUGUCUAUUCCUGUUAUACCAAUAAAAGUAUUCA